UCGCUGGCAAGCCGUGUCUGUGCGUGAAACUUGGAGUUUUGAACCUUUGGACUACUUCGCCAUGAGAUCGUUUGUACUUCUCGGUGUCCUCCUGGUCGCCUCUGUGGCCGUUGCCCAGAACCACCAGGUCGUUUACGAUCCUAACCUCUACCAAGCGGCUACCGUUAAUCGUCAGGGUUUAGCUUCCGGUGGAUUCCUGUCGAUGUUCAGCAAUGGCGCUUCGGGACUCAUGAGCACGAUAGCCGCUGGUCUACCCAACAUGCUCACUAACGCUCUGCCCGCGCUCGCGGUUCUCGGCCUCGGAGGAUUGUUGCUUCCUCUUCUCGGGGUGUCUCUGUUCCUCAGGGAAGGACAGAAGAGAACUUUCUCGCUCCCCACAGUCAACCCAGCUCUCUUGGAGGGGAUCGCUGAUGUUUUGGAACGUGUCUCGAAGGCCAUUGAGCAGGGCGAGAAGAAAUACGGAGCGAAGAACUGAACCACAAGCCCUAGCUUGAGCAGCUGAUCGAGAGCCAUUGCCAUAGUAGAUGCCAUCAAGUACAUUCAGCAAGUUCAUCUUCACGAACUUCCACCAUCAUAAACGCUCCACCCAUCAAUUCACAAUCAGCGUCCUUCUCCUCUGUGAUACAUCUUCCUGCCCUGAAAGUUUCUUAUUGAACUCUCGCCCGCCACCUCUUCCCACCGAAUUCCAUCGCCCCUUCAUGCCAUCGCCUAUUUCCUGAGCUUCGAGUUUCCGCCAGGUUCGGAGCUAAAAUCUGUCUCUCGGCUGAGCGAGUCCUUCCCGCGUUCCUUUCCGCAACCUCGAAGUGAUUCUCCACCACUAUCACCUACACUCCAUUCAUUCCGAUCGAUCGAGAAUCAUCAUCUAUUUAUUGACGACUUCUGCGCUCAAUUCGUCAUGUUUAUUUAAUAAAUGUAGUUACCGAAUGUA